ACAGUAACUUGCAGCUAAGACGUUUCUUCUGUGGCUCUGUUGGCUCUGAAGCUCUACAGCUUGAAUUCAACGUGAUAUUUCUCAAACGUUGCUUUGGAGUGGUGAUUAACUCUCGUUCUGAUAUUCAUUCAUACCGAUUGCAACAUGGUUGAUAUCCAUGCUCACCUGGCAGCUGAAGAUUUCAACCACGAUUUAGAGGACGUACUUGCCAGGGCUGCCUCGGCUAACAUAUCGACUAUAGUUGUUGUUCCCGAGUUUCUAUCAGAGUUUGAUAAAGUAUUGGAGUUGAGUGAGAGACAUAGAGAUCUGGUGGCUCCAUGUUUGGGUCUUCAUCCUGUUCAAUCGGAUGCGAGUACAAGGAAUGAGCGUAGUGUGACGACUGAAGAGGUCUUACCUGUUUUGGAUUUUAUCAGGAGAGAGCAUUCGAAGAUUGUCGGAAUCGGCGAAGUCGGACUCGACUUCACUCCACGAUUUGUGAAAAGUGAUGAUGACAAAGCCGCUCAGCGUUAUGUGCUCACUGAGCAGGCAAAACUGGCAAUGGAUCUCGGUUUACCGCUCAACGUUCAUUCUCGUUCUGCAGGGAGGCCAACAUUGCAGUUGCUCAAAUCAUUGGGAGUAAGAAAUGCUGUCAUGCAUGCAUUUGAUGGGAAAGCGUCAGUUGCGAUGGAAGGCGUCCACGUCGGUUACUUUUUCUCGAUACCGCCGUCUGUUGUUCGAUCGGAACAGAAGCAGAAACUAGUAAGGCAGGUACCUCUCGAUCAUUUGCUGCUCGAGACGGAUUCUCCGGCGCUUGGACCAAUCAAACAGACACGGAACGAACCGUGUAAUUUGGAGAUUUCGUGUAGAGAAGUGGCUAGGAUCAAGCAAGUGUCGUUCGACGAAGUCUGGAAGAUGACUACACAGAAUGCGGUUCGACUGUUUCCUAAACUGGGACAUGUCGGUCGCCAGCUUGUUCCCGUGCCCAAUGCUAAGUGAUGAGGAAAGAAAACGAUAUCUGUGACAUCUCUCAUUUGACAGUAAGAUCUGUUGUUGUACAUUGUAUGUCUCGUGAAGGUUCAUGACCAUUAAUAACAACUAGUACAUAAAUUUAUCAACAGGUACACACGUGUACAUGUCGAGGGCAGAUUAAGGAAUUUUAAUAGAGGGUCACCAUUUGAAAUUUGAAAAUAGGCGUGGUCAUUAGGUGCAUUCUUAUUUAGUAUUCUCACGAAUUCCCUGACUCUAAACAGCAACCGUCGUCAACUCAGAAUCGUAGGACAAUCUCCUGGCAUUCUUUUCUGCUAGAAAUUGUCGAAUAGUUUCUUCAAGCUCGAUGUUCACAUCCUGUUGAUGUGCAUGAGCGUUAGCCCCUCACGAUGCU